UGAGGUGAGAUGAGCGUUUAAUUACUCAGACUCUUGUUUACUUUCGUUUUUUUUCGCCGUUUAUCUAGAUGUCAAGUUUUAAGCGUUUAUUGCCAAAAAAUGGCACAGAUCUUGCGGCGACUGUCUUUACAUUGUUUGGAAUCAAUGUAAUAUUUUGGUUCGAAAUGCUCUAUGUCCGAAAUGACAUAGUAGAGGCGUAUCCGGACUACCCUAUUGGACGCCUGUAUUUUCACUUGUUCUGUGGCUGGUAUAUUUAUCUUAACGCCCUAAGUGCAAUGUGGAAGACGAUAGUGACAGAUUCUAGCACAAGAGGGAUGAUUCUUCCCACAUAUACACGACCAGGUUGGAGGUUCUGUCCAUACUGUGAGUGCAAUGCCCCACCCAGGUCCUACCACUGCUACACCUGCAAAGCCUGCGUCGUCAGACGAGAUCACCACUGUGUGUUUACGGGAAACUGUAUCGGACAUAGAAACCACCGCUACUACAUGACACUCGUGUUCUUCUGUUGGCUCGCAGCCCUCUAUGCUAGCAUCAUGAAUGUCAACAUUGUCAUUAGAGUGUUUGCAGAGACAGGACCCCUAGCUAUUGUAAAGAUUAUAUUCCCAUUUUUAGUUUGGGUAUUCGGAUAUAUAGAUUUUGGAGAAAUGCUUCUUUCAGCCAUGUUGCUAUUUUGUAUGGCUGUAACGAUGAUGGUUUCGGCGUUACUGUUCUAUCACGCGAGAAACAUGAUGUGCGGGCAGAUUACCACAGAGAGAACACAUCAUAUCACCAAGUACGAUCUGGGAUGGCCGAGGAACGUGCAGGCUGUCAUGGGAAAGAACUGGAGCGUUGCCUGGCUGUCACCAUGGAUACCAUCACCGUUGCCUGGUGACGGAUGUGACUUCCCUGUGGUCGGAGAAUAUGAAAACCCCAAAGAUAUAUAGAGUUUUUUUAAAACAGCCUAGUUAGCAUUCUGCAUAUAUAUAUAUUGUAACUCCAAUGUGUUUUUAGCUUGAAGCAUUUAUCGAGUUUAUUACGGAUGCUCAUUUUAGUGCAAAUAUUUCUACCCUAUCUAACAUUGUCCCAAUGUGACAUAGUUUAGCCAAAUUUAUCCAUGUUGAUGUGUAAGGAUUGUUUUAUUAAUGACACAGGCGAAGUAAAAGUAAAUGCAGUGAUAUAUACUUGUUUGAAAAGACUAUUUAUUUAUUUCAUUAUUUUCAGACACUUGCUUAUGUGUAGAUUGGUUAUAGAGUUUAAUGUUGCUUUUUUAUUUAAGAACAGUCAACUACAAAAUUAAUGAUCCAAUUUUUGUUGGACAAAAAAAGCUGAUAGAUAAACUUGUGUCUUCAAUACUUACGCUAGAAUGAUAUCUCAUUUAUUUGCCUGUACAUGUAUUCAUUUUGCAGCUCAGGUUGGAUGAAUAGCAAAAACAGUUCAUUAAACAAUCCAUACACCUUAUACAGCUGUAAUGUUUUAUAUAUUUUAAACAUUUAUUUAUCAAUGUCAGUCAUGUGAUCACAUAUAUGUGACCACAAAUUAGAUAAAAAAAAAAAAUUACGGUUGAUCAUGGCAGCUUAUUUACUGAGCAUUAACUUUGAUGUAUGUGUGCAUUAGCUUAUCUAUUUUGUGAAAGCUUUGGCGUGGUUGAUCUUGUCGGUGGCGGCGGCGGCAUCGUCGCUGAUCUAUAGCUUUAACCUUGCCCAUAACUCUAAAACCAUAAAAGAAGUUCAGAUAAAACAAGGUAGACAAAAGUCAUGUUGUCGCAAUCAUGUAUUGCAAGGCGCGUAACUCUGACUUUGAUAAUCAUGAAGUUAUGUCCCUUUGAUGGACUUAAACUACAACAUCAGCCUAGCGUUGGCGUUUGCAUGGCGGAGUUCUUGUUUGAUAUAUUCUGGGCAUUUCAACAUGUCCAUUUAUAAUAACUUGGGAAGGAGACAAGUCCGAUAGGAAAAAAACGAACAAAUGAUUAAUCAACAGAAUC